AUGAUCAGCCGCAGCUUGCUGACUCUACCGACGCUUGGUCCUCUUUCGCGAUCUGCAUGUCUGCGUCCGUGGCUGAGGUCUACGAGGAAUAUACACGGGAACCCGCGUCGCUCGAAUGCCACCCCAGCAUUUCCUUGCGUUGAUGCACACGCUGCUCGCGAGACGGCCAUCCUGGCAAGGUCCACUCCCUCUGCGGAUCCGUCGAACUCUGGACCAGAACCUCCCUACGCUCGACCAGCUCCGACAUCCUAUCAAGUGUAUACGCACACCGAACCCAUGCCCCUCGUCUAUUCAGACCCAUUACCGCGCAUCGACAUUGCGUACGAGACAUGGGGCACGUUAUCACCUACCAAGGACAAUGUGAUCCUCCUUCAUACCGGACUUUCCGCAUCCUCGCAUGCAGCAGCGACAGAUGCAAACCCCGCAGAUGGAUGGUGGCAGAAAUUUAUUGGACCCGGCCUCGCACUGGACACGAACCAGUUCUUCGUGAUUUGCACCAAUGUGCUCGGUGGCUGCUAUGGAACGACAGGCCCAUCAUCGACUGAUCCUGAAACCGGCAGGCCCUACGGGACAACAUUCCCCGUGCUGUCCAUCUUCGACAUGGUUCGCGCGCAGUUCACCUUGCUCGACCAUCUCGGCAUAGAGAAACUAUACGCCAGUGUGGGCUCAUCAAUGGGUGGCAUGCAAAGCCUCGCUGCUGGCUACCUAUUUGCCGAUAGGGUGGGGAAGGUUGUGAGCAUCAGCGGGACUGCGAGGAGUAGCCCAUCAAGUGUUGCGAUGCGAUACGCCCAAAGGAGUGUACUCAUGGCGGAUCCGAACUGGAAAAACGGCUUCUAUUACGAUGGUCUUCCACCGCAUACGGGGAUGAAGCUUGCUCGACAGAUUGCUACCAUCACAUACCGAUCUGGUCCUGAGUGGGAUAUUCGGUUCGGUCGCAAGGUGCGAGACCUCUCCGGAGGGGUGACCGAUGCCAGUCGUCCACGCGUGCCAGCCUUGUGUCCCGAUUUCCUCAUCGAGACAUACUUGGACCACCAGGGCGAACAAUUUUGCCUUAAAUACGACGCGAACUCUCUCAUCUAUAUUUCGAAAGCGAUGGAUCUUUUCGACAUGACAGAAGAAGCACUCACUGAGCUCCGGCUCACACCCGCGAGUGCACCACCGCCACCGCCGACAGACGAUGCACUGUAUGCGACGCGCUCACACCCUCCGCCGCAUGCUCCCGCACCACAUCUACCUGCACUCGCAAAGGGGCUCGAGCCGUUGCGACACACUCCCACACUCGUUCUAGGCGUACAAUCAGAUAUAUUAUUCCCCGUGGACCAGCAGCGCGAGAUCGCGGACGCCCUGCGCAUGGCAGGUAACGCACGUGUGAGGUAUUACGAGCUCGGCGGGGUGUGGGGCCACGAUACGUUUCUACUCGACGUUGCCGGAGUUGGGGGGGCGAUCCGGGGUUUCCUCUCAUGA